AUGGUGGAUAGUGGUUGCAGUAACCACAUGACUGGAGAUCUGGAGUCCUUCACUGACAUCGAUGACAAAUACCGUUCUCAAGUCAAGUUGGGAGACGGGAAGAAGCUAAAAGUGGAAGGAAAAGGCACAGUUGUUGUAUGCAUAGAAGAAGGUAACAAGACUCUCAUCCGAGACGUUUUGUAUGUUCCGGAGCUAACUCUCAAUCUACUGAGCGUGGGACAACUGAUGCUGAAAAACUACAAGCUAUUGUUUGAUAAUGGCGUGUGCGAGAUUAUCAACAAAGUUGACAAUUUCAUGGUGGCCAAAGUCCCGAUGACUUCCAACAGAAUUUUCUCUCUUGCUAUGUCACAAGAUGGUGAAGUAGCAUUCAAGAGUGAAAAUCUCGAUCAGUCCUUCCUAUGGCAUCUCAGAUACGGUCAUCUCAACUUCAGAGGCCUCAAAUUGCUGAGGCAGAAAAAUAUGGUGGCGGGACUUCCCCAGAUCAACAAAGAAGCUAAAAUAUGUGAAGGAUGCAUAUAUGGCAAAAUGCAUCGUUUACCAUUUCCAAAGACAUCUUGGAGAGCAAAAGCGCCACUGGAGUUGGUACAUGCAGACAUAUGCGGUCCAACCCGAACACAAUCACUCAGCGGUAAAAGAUAUUUUCUACUAUUUGUAGAUGACUUCACCAGAAUGAUGUGGGUAUUCUUUCUGGAGCAAAAGUCAGAAGCUUUUCCUAAGUUCCUUCAAUUCCAAGCAGUAGCUGAGAAGGAAUGUGGCCACCAAAUCAAAACUCUCCGUACAGAUCGUGGAGGAGAAUUUAUUUAUACUCCGUUCAUGGAGUAUUGCCGCAACAACGGAAUCAAAAGGCAGCUGAGGGUCUGUUACACACCACAACAAAAUGGCAUGGCGGAACGGAAAAACCGCACGAUUGUGGAGAUGGAGAGAAGUAUGCUCAAAGCCAAGAAGCUUCCCAACAACUUGUGGGCAGAAGCAGUCAAUACAACAAUUUACAUCCUCAAUAGAUCACCAACCAAAGCAGUUCGGAACAAGACACCGAUACAUGCGUGGCACAAUAGGAGGCCACAGGUGGAUCACCUCAAAGUAUUUGGGUGCAUAGCUUAUGCACAUAUUUCUACCCCAAACCGAGACAAGUUUGACCAGAAGGGAGAGAAGCUUAUCUUCACUGGCUACAGUGAUGAGUCCAAAGGCUAUCGUCUUUACAAUCCAGUAAAGAAUGAAGUGGUGGUUUCCCGAGAUGUGAUCUUUGAUGUGAUGGCGGAGUGGAAUUGGGAAAAUCCAAUUUCUCAAUCUCCACCAAGUUAUGAAAUUCUGGAGGACUCAGCAACUCUAGAAGACCCCAGCAACGAUCCAGAUCCAGUUGCUAGUCCAGAAAGAAAUUCUGCACCUAGCUCAGAAGGAGACAACUUCAGAGACGUCCUAACAGACUCGGAUUCACCUCCGUUGAGAACAAGGUCUUUGCGAGAAAUUUAUGAAACAAGUCAUGUUGCAUAUUUUUCUUGUGAGCCUUAA